GCGGGGGAGGGAGGCGGAGAGGAAGAGGAGGAAGCCGGAAGAGCGGCCGCCGGAGCUGAGGGGGUCGGGCCGAGGGGGCCGAGCCAGCCAGCGGGGCCCGGCGCAGGCCGAAGGGGGCCCGAGAGAGAGCGGGAAGGGGCGGCGGAGCCAGGCCGGGGCUGGUGCUCUUGAAGGAGUGAGUGCCAUGCUCGGGUGCUGCUUCCUCCGUGCAUAGCUUUCGAACAUGGAAGAGGGAGGUGGAAAUGAAGAAGUCAUUGAUUUGAACAGCUUCCGGAGCCACCGAGGGUCAGACAGGAUAAACCACAGGGACGAAGGCCUUAUCACCAUCUCAGACUCCUCGGAUGAAGAGUUGCCUGUGAUGCUGGACAUUCCCAUUCGCCGGCAGUGGGAAGAUGAGGAUGAUGACGACGAUGUCGUCAUCUUGAUGGAGACCGCAAACAAGCAGCUGCUGCGCCCCAACGUCAUCAGGCCAGCUGCCCACUGGCAAAGCGUGAAGCCAGGGGAAGGGGGCUCCAGAGGCGAUGGGGUGGCAGAGCCUCACGGUGGGCAGAAGAUGACCCCCCCUUCCCCGAGGCUGCACGGGACUCGCCGGAACUGUGCCAAGGCGAGCGGCCUGGCGCUGGGGAAGCGGGGAAGCGAGCAGGAGGUCUUGGAGCUGCCGCAGUCCCUGGAGCCUGCCGGGCCGAGGGAGGAUGGCGGGGCCGUUCCGGAGCCUGGGCCCAGUGUGGCCCAGACAGGAGGGCCGAGACCCCACAGCAAGAAUGGGGUCAUUAACGUAGAGGAGGUGGUCUUGGUGGCCGAUCAGGACAGGCAGGCCCAGGGGGAUCAGGACGUGCAGCCGCGGCUGGCCCCCAACCCGGGCGGGACUGCCCGCUGCAUCCAGGAGAACACGCGGCUCGAUCACCCGUAUUUCCAACCUGCAGACAAGGAGGCCCCUACUGUGAUUGAUCUCCGUUCUCCACGGCCGGCGCAACGGGGAAUCGAACUGGGGCCCCUGCCGAGGGCGUACCAGGGGGAAGCGCCUGGGCCGGCCUUCCCCAGGCCUGAGCCUCAGCAGGAUGGCAUCCCGGGCCCCGCUUCCCCUCAGCUGGCUCACCCUCCGGAAGAAAAGGGAGGCCAGCAAGCAGCAAUAAACGAGCAGGCAGGCCCGGCUUUCCCCGUCCAAGCGUCGCUGGAGCCUGGCUCUGGGAGCGUUCUCCAGCAAGGUGCUGCGCUGCUGGACAAAGACCUCGUUGCGCUGCUCAUCAGAGAGACGGAAGCCAGGUUUCCCGAUGUAACGAGAGAAUACAUGGAGGAAUUAAUACAGAGCAAAAACUGCUGUGACUUAAACAUACUUUGUAAUUUUCUUCUGGAAAACCCAGACUAUCCAAAGAAGGAAGGCAGAGUGGUCUUAAAUCCAAAUAGCAGCCUGCUCUCCAGCCAAGAUGAGACAAAGGUGCCUAAAGUGGACUACUUUGACUACUCCAAACUUGACCCGCUUGACCAACGUUGCUUCAACCAAGCCGCUGACCUUCUAAUGGCCGACUUCAAAAUGUUGAGCAGUCAGGACAUCAAGUGGGCGCUACAUGAACUCAAGGGACACUAUGCAAUCACACGAAAGGCCUUCUCUGACGCCAUCAAAAAAUGGCAGGAACUGUCUCCUGAAACCAGUGGGAAGCGAAAAAGGAGGAAAGAAAUGAACCAAUAUUCCUACAUAGACUUCAAAUUUGAGCAAGGCGAGAUGAAGGUUGAGAAGCGCAUGUUCUUCUUGGAGAACAAAAGGAGGCACUACAGGAGCUACGACCAGUUCUCUCUCCUUCCUGCUGUGCAGCUCGAGAGGGAGUUCUACGAACAGAAGGUGAAAGAGAUGGCGGAGCACGCCGACUUCCUCCUUGCGCUGCAGAUGAAUGAAGAGCAGUAUCAGAAAGAUGGCCAGAUGAUCGAGUGCCGAUGCUGUUAUGGGGAGUUUGCGUUUGAGGAGCUGACCCAGUGCGCAGACGGACACCUGUUCUGCAAGGAGUGCCUGAUCAAGUACGCUCAGGAGGCCGUCUUUGGCUCUGGAAAGUCGGAGCUCAGCUGCAUGGAAGGGAGUUGCACGUGCUCGUUCCCCACCAGCGAACUGGAGAAGGUGCUUCCCGAGAACAUUCUGUGCAAGUACUACGAGCGGAAAGCAGAGGAGGAGGUGACGGCUGCUUGUGCAGAUGAGCUCGUCAGGUGUCCCUUCUGCAACUUCCCGGCUCUGCUGGACAAGGACGUGAAGCGGUUCAGCUGUCCCAACCCUCGCUGCAGGAAGGAAACCUGCCGGAAGUGCCAGGGCCUAUGGAAGGAGCACAUGAACCUCACCUGUGAGCAAUUGGCUGAAAAGGACGACAUCAAAUACAGAACAUCGAUAGAGGAGAAGAUGACGGCCGCCCGGAUUCGGAAGUGCCACAAGUGUGCGACCGGCCUGAUCAAAUCCGAAGGCUGCAACCGCAUGUCGUGCCGCUGCGGCGCCCAGAUGUGCUACCUCUGCCGAGCCGCCAUUAACGGGUACGACCACUUCUGCCAGCACCCCCGCUCCCCGGGAGCCCCCUGCCAGGACUGCGCCAAGUGCUCCCUCUGGACGGACCCCACGGAGGACGAUGAGAAGAUAAUCCAGGAGAUUCAGAAGGAGGCAGAAGAGGAACAAAAGAGAAAGAACGGAGAAAACAGUUUUAAGCGGAUUGGUCCCCCGGCAGAAAAGCCUGCAGAGAAGAUCCCGCGGAUCGAAGCCAUCCCCAGGCCGGUGCCACAGAACCUCCACCACCAAAUGCCCCCCUACCCCUUCGUCCACCCUCCCUUCCCCCUCCCUCCCGUCCGCCCGCUCUACAACAACCUCGGCCCCAUCAACCUCGGCCCCAUCCCUGCCCCCUACGUGCCCCCCCUGCCGAACAUGCGGGUGAACUUCGACUUCCCUCCGAUGAACCUGCCGCUGGAGCACAAUCUCCCCAUGCACUUUGGCCCGCAGCCGCGGCAUCGGUUCUGACCCGCUUCAGGGUGUCGCCAGUCCUCGGAAGUCACUGCAGGGAAAGUCCUCACACUGGUAAAUGCUCCCCCUUUCGCCGCCCCCCCACCUCGCCCCACCCUCAGUUCUUGACUGUUCUGGGAAACAGCAAACGCUGCACAGACUUCCAGCUCUCCCUCCAGUUUGGCCGUCCCCUGGCACGAAACCAGCCAUUGUCUCAGCGCCGUCUUCACACACGGUCUUGGGUUGAAAGGAGAUCAUUUUGCUCAACGAGAGGCAGGCAGGCAGGGAGGUCGCUGCCUGACCGAGAGCGGGGAGCCCUCGGACCCUGGUGCCAAAGCCACAGCCCAGCCCAUCUGCCAAAAUGAGGCAGGAGUUGUCUUGGCCUGGAUGGCCGUAGGUCCGGAAUUGGAGCCUGCUGGCUUGAUAAAAGGAAGGAGGAAGAUAUUCUGUCAGUUUUGCCAUUCUGGAGGGAACCGCCCAAGCUCUCUGCAGAAGCAAGGACCGAGGUCCUUGCCCCUCUCUCGAAGUUUGAAGUGCUAGAACGGCAGCAAUUAAAGCCCCCAGGUUGUCUGGAAGAUAGUCUUGCAGGGAUAUUCUCUGCCUUUCCACGGGAAGCCUUCUGUCUAUGUAGGUAACCAGUUCGGUAGGCUCGCUCCAUUGGUGUAUCUGAGUGUUUCCGGGAGAUUCAGAGAGUUGUGGCUCUUCUCAGGUGCCAAACGGAGGAUUUGCUCCCUUCCAUCACAGCAUUUGCUUCCAGAGUGCAAGCCAGAUUGCCUGUCAGUGGGGAGGCUGUGGGUCCUUGGUCAGCUGGAGUGCUUCUGUAUGGGCAGGGCCUCUGGAGUUGGACCCCUGAUUGAGCAGCAGUUUUGGUGCGCAUGCUGCUUCUGCACAAGGUGUGCGUGAAGAACGGCCCCUGUGGCCCAGUUUCAAGGGAAGGGUUUGUUGAGGGAGUUCGUCUUCUGGAAUUCUUGGAAGGACGUGUGUGUGUGUGAAUUGGUCAAGCUUCUUGUUGUGUCCUUUAUUACUUCCUCAGGUGCACUGAGCGGGUGCAGUGUGUCGGGAGCAUUUCCUUCUGAAAUGCAUGGCCAUGAUCCAAAGCGCUCUUGGGCACGCUGAAUGCACUUCCUUGCUUUCUGGGUUACGAGUUGGGUGUCGUGUGUGUGUGUGUGUGUGUGUGUGUGUGUGCAUAUGAGAAGCAGCUCCCAGAAGAGAGGAAGGAGCUCCUGCAUGAGCGGACCGGUAUGUGUGUGCAUUGGAUCCCCCAUCCUCAUCGCUCAGCAGACCAGAUCCCUGCGCACAGAUGCACUGGUGAUGGGUGGACAUGCAGAGCCUCCAAGCUCUUUAUCUUUCCGUUCCACAGGCAGCCCUGCCCUCAGAGGUCUUCCCUGCGCCUGCUGGUUGCUCAGUGGCCUUGCGGAGUGUCAUUGCCGUGUGCCAUUCAGUCUCCACCGUGGCGCCCUCCUCUUCCAAGGGAUGCUGCCAUUGCAGAUACAGAGCAUUUUCCCACGUGGGCCAGGGUUGCGUACGGGGCCAGUUCACUCCAUACGGCUUCCGCACAGCUAGCCAGGUGUGUUGAGGCGCGGGGGGGGGGGCGUGCUCACCGCCUGUGGGCGCCAGUUCUGCCGGUCGGGCCUCCAGACGUUGUUGGACUACAACCCCCAUCAUCCCCAGCCACAGUUGCCAAAGGCACAAUGGGGAAUUGUAGGCCAGCUACUCUGGGGACCCAAGUUGGAGAACUAAGCAAGUCGUGUGGAUAUUCUCAUUUGUGAGAACCAUUCAUUUGCCUUCAGUUCUGUCCCCUGCACACCAUCCCACCCUUAAAAAAGAAAAGAAAAGAAAAAUCCUUUUGGAAAGAUGUCACUGCUGCUUCUUGCUAAUCAUGCAGACGUUGAAUACUUUUACCCUUUGCAAUACUGGAUCAGUUUUAGAAGCAAUAUAGUAAUCUUGUGGGGGCAGGGGACUCGACUGGUUCUGGGUCGUGCCCCACAUCUUCCUGUGACAUGGGUCAUCCUCUGGUUUGAUCAUAACAAUAAGCAGCAGCGUGAAACCCUGGUGUGCCCUGUCUGCAAGCCGCAGUCAAAGAGAAGCACAGAAGCUUCCCCUCUCCUAUUAAUGUUUUGUUUUCAAAUUUUCUUGAAAAGGAAGGAUAAGGCGCCUAUGUACUGCCUUCUUGGGCUCUGGGACAGUGGGAUGUUUUGUGCCUUUGGAGGCCCAGACCUUGUCAAUCCGGAAACUAAAAGGCACAUAAAUUUAAUACUCUUAGUAACCCUUAAGAUAAUGGUUGCUUCCGUCCCCUUUCCCUUGCGAUAAAGAUCUAAGCCACUGAGCCUUUUCAUUGGGAAAUCAAGGGAUCCCGUUUCCCUCCGCUCUCCUUUUUUUGUUGGUAAAGAAACCAAUUUGGCCCCCAUACUUUUGUGGUUUGGUUUUCUUAAAGACACCUAUGUGGUGGUGCGUUGUUGUUUUUUUAACUGCUCUCCGGCGCUUUGUAUAACCACAAGCAGCAUGUCCACAAGACACUGUGUGUAUAUUUUUAACUGUGCAUAGCCCACCGGCUUAAUGCAGUGCUAUGAAGGUGAGAACUAGUAAAUAGCAGACUGUUCCCAUGGUGAAAAGUGGUACCCUUUCCUGUGGGGAUGUGACACACCCAGUUGUGGGGCAGCCAUGGAUGGGGGGUGGGUUUGGGUUAAUCUGGCAAUAGCUGUGUUCCAAGCUUAUUUCAUUCCAUCUCUAAUUUUUCAUAUUGGCUUCAGAAUUCCUUAGUGUUCAUUUUUCCAAUUUCAUUCAUGGUUAUCUCUAGACUUAAGAAGCCUGCUGUUAGCUGUUUGUUGACAUUGCUGCUGCUGCUUAGUAAUUUCUCCUUCUUUCAGGAAAAAAAAGGAUAAAGGUGAGGUUGAAUAGAUGCUACUCAGUUGGUUUUUAUUCGGGUUUUUGAUUCAGCACCUUGUACAACAAGGAUUGUCGGAGUAGCAGUGCCAGCCAUGCUGAUAGUGCCGUGUUUCCAGUACCCAUUGCCUCUCUGUGCUGAUAGCGCUGUCCUCCGCAGAGGGAUGGAAGGAUUUCUGGAACGAUCAGUAAGCGCUGGUAAUCCAGAAGACUCUUUGCGUCAACCAGAUUUGCAUAAAAUAAGCCCCUUCUACAUUGGUGUGUUAGACUUGGGAGUAGACAUGUGGAGGCGCUCCUGAGAUCUCAUUUCAGAAUUAUGGAAGCUUCCCCUAAGGCAGGGCUGUGCAACUUUUGCCCUCCAGCUGUUGUUGGACUACAACUCCCAUCAUCCUUGGCUACCAUGGCUGGGGAUGAUAGGAGUUGUAGUCCAACAACAGCUGGAGGACCGGAGUUAUGCAGCCCUGCCCGAAGGGUUUUGUGUGUGUUCCUCUUGCCCUCUGCACAGUUGGGCCGCAGUAUGAACUUCUUCUGAUUCUCCUGCAGUGCAGAAGAGGUGCCGGACCCAUACCGUUGCAGAACGAGUCCAGCAGGAUUGCUUUCCCUUUCCGGUACCUCCUAUCUCCCCACUGAGACAAAGUUCACCUUCCGGGGUGGGACUCUGAUGCAUUCGCCUACUUGGGCUCCAAAUGGCCUGGGUGCAGGGGCUGGCCUCCUAGUCAGGCCCACAGAGGCGGUGGCCUCAGGUGGCGGAUUAUCGGGAGAGGGGGACAGAGCAGAAGGUGUUGCUGGAAAUGCUGCAGGUCCACUCUUCUCUUUCUAGCUUCAUCCUUUGUGAAUACAGUGUGCUGAGGAUCCGGGGGGAUGGGGGGUGGUGGUAUUUGGCUAGGAGAAAUUCAUGAGAAUUUCUUGAAUUUCUUCUUGGGAGGCUCCUGCAUGUACUUCUGCAACAAUGGUUGCUCCCUGUAGUUCUCCUGUUAUAAAACAAAGAUCACGAAACCCUUUGUAUGCAGAGAGCGAGCGCCUGUUUCCUCUGCUAGGUAUGUGUGAACAUAGCAUGGCCUUGGAAGGUCUUCAUGGGUUUGAUCAGAGGUGGCAGAAGUGGGAUAUGUGCAGUUCGGAUUGGCCAGUGCCCUUAGAGUGGUUUCCGAGGUCUGCGUUGCAGCCAGCUGAGCCUCUGAGCUAUGACUUCUAUCUCCUGGCAUCCAUCCCAUCCAUCAGUUUUGCUUUCAUCUCUCCUUUAGACAACAUAGCAGUCCUUUUCUCCUUCUGGAUGGCCGGCACACGACCAAUAACUUCAUUUCAGUGGGUCUCCAGCUCUUUUCCUGUGGAAAUGUCAAGGUUUUGGUGGAGACAUUGGCGCUUGUCCGAUUAAGCCCGUUGUCAAUGCGUGCUUGAAAUCGGUUGGAUGUGAAGAGCCAGGCUAGAGGAGGAGGGGAGAGAGGACAUCCAGGGCACACUUUCUCAGUUGAUGUCGCCUGCCUUAAUGAGCUUUUGUUAGGGGGUCUUAAAAAAAAUGGAUAUCAUACAUGCUUAGCCAUCAAGCUGGUUGUCUUUGCCAGUGACUGAAACAGUUCUUCUGCCACUCGUAUGCAAGCAGACAGGAAGCCAAGGCGUGGUCCCUUCAUUCUCCACCAUUCUCACUUGGCUACUAAGAAUGGAACCCCCCUUUUUAAGUUCCAGCUAAUUCAUAUUAAAUCCAUAACACAGUCAUCUGCAUUUCUGUAUCUUUUGGCUGUCUCUCAUGGUAGCACAUCCCCUUCUGAUGCACAAGGCUCACAAAACGGACCCAACUCUUGAGCAUGAAAUCUCAGGAAUGCCAAGGCAUGCAUGUGUCAGGGUUUCCCUAAAGUCUGUUCUUGCCUCUGGUCAGGAUAGUUUUGUUGAAUCAUCUCCAGUGGAGUGAACCAGCUCCAACUUCAACCAGCAGAUGAGGCUCUUUAGCACUUGAGCAGAAACGUGCAUUUCUCAUUGCGAUUCGCCUGGUUUGGGAGUGUGACUGACGUGUUUAGGAUAAGCAGUUGUUGAGCUGUCUGUCCCAGUUCUGGUCCUUGACGCCCACCAGUAUUGGGACCACUUCCCACGUCAAGAACGCCAUGUUGGGAAAAGACGGUCCAGUGCUGGGGAAAGGCCCAGAGACGCAGGGAUUUCAGAACUUCCAAGUGGCCCAACAAGGAUCUCUUAAACGCGCUGCCUGGUUCUCCCCCCACAUUUCAAGCUGGACAUUUUGCUGUUUGCUGUGAGCUUCUUGCACUCUGACCAAAUGUGAAAGAGGGAGAGAGUUGGCCAACCUGACACUUUGCCAAUAUGGCAGACACUGUUCUGCAGAGAGGAUGACUCAGGUGUGUGCCAGUGCUGGCCUUCUCAGCUUACCCCUCCUAAAAGCCCACAGCCAGAAGUGAGGCUGUGUCCCAUCUGAGUCCUCAUGCACCUGGGAGGCCUAGUUCCCCCUGCGGUGGUAAGGGCUGUGUCUCUUUGGGCUGAAGGAGAGAGCCCACAUGAUUGAAUCCCCCCCCCCGCCCCGGUAAACCAAAACCUAGCAUGCUGGGCUGAUCUCGCCUUGCCUCCUUCUCUGUGGAGGGUUUUUGCUUUGUGGUGUUCAUUGUCCUGUGAACACCCCACUCCCCGCAAGCCAACAUUCCCUGUAACAGGGGUUCCCAGGUGGCGUUGACUAUACUGCCCAUCAUCCCCAGCUGAAAUGGCCACUUUAGCUGGGGGGUGAUGGCCGUUGUAGUCAGCGUCACCUGGGAAUCCCUGUUACAGGGAACAACACCACUGCGUCCCCAAGAGGUGCAGCCCGGACCCACUAAGAACUAGGCCACGGGUCGUAGUGUACUGGAGGGGCGGGGCAUACAUAUUUUAAAUAAAACGAAUAAUGGGCUCCCAAGCUUGGGUCUGCAGGUGAGGUUGGACUAUAGCUAGUCAUUGAUCGGAGCUGUAGUCUGUCUGGGCACCCAGAAUGGGGGACGGACACAGACACACGCCCGCCCUUAGGCCGCAGUCCCAUGGGGGACUGGAAGGGGCAGAAGCAUCACCUCAGCCCUCGGCAGCUGGCCAUUGCGCAUUCAGCCUCCCACGUUCUCGCCAUCAACGCCACGGCAGAAGACCCGGUUCUGCAGAGGAGGGGGCUGGGGCAUGCUUGGCCCUCUUAAAAGCCAUGACCUCUCUCUUCCAGUUCUCCCUUGAGUUGCUUUUUUCUUCGCUCAGAUCAGCACACCCGGCAUACUUUCAAACACGUAUAAAUGUUAUAUUAUUGAGAAUCCUGGUGACCCUCUUAUUUUUUGUUCUGGGUUUUUGUUUUUGCCACUUCCUUUUUUAAAAGUCCAUCUCUCUUUACGGGUAGACAAGGGGGGAGUGCGUAUUCGGGUUGUUUCAUUUCUUUUCUUUUGUACAUCCCAAGCUUGACAUUUAACAGGUACUUUCUAGUAUCAAAUUUGCAGUGUUGCAUUUAACUUGCCUUAAAAGGUGGAGAGAGAAAGUCUAGUAUUUGCACUUAGCAAAAAUAAUAAUAAUUUAAAAUUUAAAAAAAAGAGAGAGAGAGCAAACCCUCUCUGGGGGAAAGUGUGCAUGUCCUGCAACUUUGUAUAACGAUAGCUGAAAACAAAUAAGUGGUUUAUUAAAAAAAAAGAGGAAAAAAGAAUAUUUUUCUUUACCUUCUGGUAGGAAACUGUUCUAAUAUUCUGUGUGUAAAAAGUCGUUGUAUUAUAUUGUAAUUUGAAUUUUUUUUUUUGUAAUUAAAAAAGAUAAAAACUUGUG